AUGGCUUCGGUGGAUUCCUUUAGCGAUGACGUAUUAUCUGAAGAAGGAUCGUUCUCCCAGAUCGAACUGCCCAAAAUACACAAAACUCCCAAGCACGAGUUGCAAGAAAGGUUUGACAAAGCUGUCAAGGCCAGAGGAGAGAGCUUCAGUCCCUCGCCCAAAAAGAUUUCACGACCUUUGUUAGAUAAGACGAAUAUCAAGGCUCCCGAUUUUGCAGGUUUUAAAAAGCCCGAGAGAAAUUCUGAGCAAACAUCUGCAGCUGACUUACAGCAAAAGACGAAGUAUGAAAACCCUGUGGUUGCCGCCCAUAUGUUGUUGUCCACGGAUGCACAGAAGAUGAACACCCCUGUGUCUUCUCCGUUGUUUACAAAGGUGCGGAACCUUCAUCCAGAUCUGCUUCCUAAGUCGCUAACUGAUCCGAAGUCAGAACCGAAAUCGGAGCCCAAACAGGUCAGGCCAGAGGAAAGCUUCAAGAACAAACCGGAUCUCUCCAAGUCCGCUUCGCAACCGAAGUCAAAACUUCCGUCACUGGAUGAAGAAAUGGACGCAUUAGCCGAUGAGCCUACGGAGGCCACGGAAUCAUUUGAUGAAGAUAGCGUGAGAGUUCACCAACACAUUUAUACACAAAAGAUGGGAUGGCGAAGAAUCAUCUCAGACCCCGCAAUUCCAUAUGUCUUGUCCCUCUAUCUGCAGCUCUUUUUCAAUAUCGUGCUGGUAUCCAUGAUUGGCUACUUUAUCUUCUCAUUUGUGUCAACAGUGAGAGCAGAUGUUGAAAACAAGAUCGAGAUAUACGCAACCGAGGUGUUGCAAGAGACAAGUCUAUGUUCGCGCGAGUACCUUCGCAACAACUGUUCCCCCGGGAAGAGGGUUCCGUACUUGGAAAAGGCCUGUAUGGCAUGGGAGAGGUGUAUGAACAGGGAUCCAGCCUCUGUUGGCAGAGCCAAGAUUGGGGCUGAAACGUUUGCAGAGAUCAUCAACGGUUUUGUGAAACCAAUCUCGUGGAAGUCGAUUUUUACGCUGUUGUUACUAACAGUUGGCUCGUUAGUCUUCACAAAUGCAGCUUUUGGAUCAUACCGCAAUUUUUCGUCAGACAACGCUCAUCCUCCACCACAUCCUCAAUCGCAGGAACAGGAACACACACAACAGUACUCGCCCGUGCGAUCUCCCAGUCGGUCAUCUCCAGUUAAAUCUCAACCGCUUCUGAGAAACACUCCAGCCAGUAUGGUUCCUCCAACUCCUCAUCGUGCACCAGUGACUCCCAGAGGCUCGAAUGUGAGAAGGAGCGGAAUGCGGUUUGGGUCAGCUCUUCGUUACCAGGAAGCAGAGAAACAGAUCAACACUAGUCCCAUAUUGAGUUCCCUGGCUCAUAGGCAAAAUCAUCGCUACUAA